CUGCUAAGUGGGAAUGAGACAUAUAUAAACUCUUUCCCGCCGAUGAACACUGAAUCAUGCUAAUCCGUCAUCCACAUCCUUCCAUCAAGAUAGGGACACAAUUAUUCUUUUCUUCUGAUUGUUUCUCGAGAAUCUCUUUCGAUUUUCUCAAAUGUCUUGAUUUCAAUUGAAUGACCUAAGAUAGAGCACAAUGUUCUUGAACAACUUAUCGCGACGGAGACUAGCGUCUCUGUUACUCCCAUGGCUCCGAGACGAACCGGAACUGGAGGUAAAUUUGGGUAUGAUCAAUUCGCAGGCUACCGCGAAGAAUCUCCGCUUCGAUACUUCGAUUCUCAACGAGCUCAUCGACGAUUCAAGUGGAAUUUCCUUUAAAGAUGUCACCAUUGAUCACUUAACCGUUCGAUUCUCGAACUGGUCCGUCCCUGCCAUCUCGUUCGAAGUUCAUGGCUUCCAUGUCACACUUUUAGUGGAGGACUCGAAGAAGGAGAGAAGUUCGGUGCAGGUACCGAAGCAGAGAGAUACAUUUGGAGAAGGUGUAAAGAAAAAGCUUUCUCAGAUUGAUCCUGAGGGUAGUUAUUUGCAUAAUAAUCUUGAGAGGAUGUCAGCCACUACUCCAAGAAGUAAAUAUAAGGCAGCUCUUUUGAAUCUUAUACUCAAGCAUUGUCAGCUUCAGAUGCAUAAUAUUGAUGUGCAAGUGCAGUUCCCCAUGUUGAGUGGUUCUUGUAUGUUGUGUUUGAAGGAACUUAAUGCAAAAUCUCAGUAUUUGAAUUUCGGAUGUUUUUUCAGAGGGCUUGUUGGAGCACCGUUUCUACCUGUAAAAGAGAGCUCUUUUGUUAUCAGUGUCGGUGAAUUUGAGAUUGUGUUUAAAAUGGUAGAUCAGUCAAAUCACAUCUUGUCUUCUACAGAUUUAUUCACUUGCAUCAAAUUGAAUGAUUUUCAGCUCGUAGACUUCAAUCUUCGGGUUCCAGAACUAAUUCUUUCUUGUUCUCCACUAGAUCUUUCCAUGGGUUUAGCAUUUAGUGAUAAAUUAUCUAAAGAGCCUCAGUGUCCAAGAAAUGGUAGAGAUUUAUGGAAACUAGCUGCAAGCAGAGUUGGCCAUGUGACAUCAACUCCUAGACUGACCUUCCAUAAAUUAGUUGUUAUUGUUGGAUUAUGGUUGCGUUAUGUCAAAGCUUAUGAGGAUCUGUUAAAGUUAGUCGGGUAUUCAAUUGAUUAUCUCUUGAAAGGAUCCACUACCCAGAUGUCUCAAAACAAAUUGUUUUCGAGAUCUUUCACACAGCUUUGGAAGGUGAUUAUUGAUGCCGAGAGGGAGCUUCCAGCUGAGUCUAUUGCACAGGCACGACGAAUAGCACGUUAUAGAGCAGCAGCCAAUGUACAGUCAGUUAAGUUAAAAGAAUCCGAUGUUGAUACUCACCUCAGACUCUUUUGCAUGAUCUUUGCUUUACUUCGACUUAUCUGGAAACUUAUACUCAAGUUAUUCCAUUUUAUCGUAUACCUAUUAUUUUUUAGAAGGAAAUUGGCAAAAGAGUUGACUGAUGAGUACCUAGAAAUUGUAACAGAUGAUUCCUCUAUGCAGUUUUGCUUCAUUUUGAAUCUUGGAAGAAUAUAUGUCAACAUUUCUCAACUCCCUGCUGUUAAAAAAUUAGAAUCACAAAUUGGAGUGUUGUCCCCCGAUUUCAUUUCACUGUCUCUAUCAACCAAGGGAUUAUUGUUAAAAUAUGUGGAAGACAUAUGCGAACAGUCUUUGACUGUAUCUUGUGGGAAAUUUAAGGUUAAAUCUUCAUCUUUUAUGGAACCUCAUCUAAGGCAAGGCAGUUCUAAAGAUCUUCUCGGUGGAAAAAGACAUUGGAAGGAGAAUCGUAAUGAUAUAAAAUCCAUAUUAUGGUGUAAACCUGCACACAAGUUUCCCCUUUCAGAAACUAGUAAUACAGCUCCAAUUGACAAUGCUGAAGGUGCUUGUGGCCCGUUCCUGGAGAACUUUCUUGGAGAAAUGUGGUUAAAUUGGAAAAAAACUUGCAUGAAAUUAGAAGGGAGUGAGAUGGAGUAUUCUGAAGACCCAUGCCUUCUCUGUGAAACUAAAAGUUUUUUGACAUAUCCAGAUCUAAGGAACUUGGAUUCUGGGAUUUCAAAAUGCUUUUUCACUUUAGGAAAGUUGCAGUUUGAUUUGGGGCCUUCGUCAGUAUUAUCAAUCUCUGUGCUCCUAAGGCAGAUAGAACAUGCUCUUUGCAGGACUAAGGACAUUGGGAUAUCAAAGGUUGCUUCGCAUUCACCAAGAACUGUUGAAGAUCCUUCUGAAAUCAAAUGGGAUAAUAGGUACAAGUACUAUUCUAGUAGUUUGAGUGUGGCAUUGCUUAAGAUUCUUCCAGAGAAACACAUUCAAAUUGGAGUGUUCAUUGCUGGUCCUUGCAUUAAAUUGUGUCUGGAAAAGGAGUUUAGCAGUGGCAAUGAGGUAACAAGUCAUAUGGAGAAUCAGGAUGAACUUUUCCUUGCAUUUGAUGUAAACAACAUUGAGGUUGCAUUUUGGCCAUCUUCAAAACCAAAUUCAUCAUCAGUUGUGGUACACUCAGAAAAUAAUGAUGCAGAACCAGAGUGCACUACAUUGAAACAGCAUCAGAUAAUUGAUAUUCCUAAAUCAAAUAAUGAGAAAUUUGUAGUUGACUGGUGGAUUUUACUUGGUUCUUACUUACGAAUCAAUGGUUUGAAUAUUUAUUUGGGGGACAAUGAAGAGAAACAAAAACAUCAAAUUUUGUGUCUGCUGCCUAUGACUGUCCAGUUCUCAUCGUCAAGGGAAUACUUUCACUCAUUUAGCACAAAUGUUAAUGCUAUUUCAGCCUCUUUGUGUGUUACAGCUACAGGGUUGACUAUUUUGUCAUGCAUGGAUGAGUUAUAUGCUGUCUCUCAGGUAGUUGUAAAUUUGUACUCUGCAGUUUCACAUGUGUUCAGCAGCUUUGAUUUCAUUCGUUCUAUACAUUCAGAAAGUAAUAAGCAGAAAUGUUUAGUUACCAAAUCUGUGAAUGAGGAGGCAAUCAGUAAGGAAGCACCUUCAAUUUGUAGCAGCAUUUUAUUUUUGGUUGAGGGGAUCCUCAAGAUUAAGUCUGUGGAUGUAGUUCUUCAAAAGACCAGGAUAAAUGAUGAUGUGGAAAGUUCUAUGAAAACCUUUAAUGCUUUAAGUAGCAGCACUUUUGCUGAUCUGGAUCUGCCUGAUUAUGGAAUUUUAAUAUCUAUUCAGCAAACAAGUGUUGAUUUAUCUUGUGAAGAAGAGAGAAUGGAAAUUUUAACUGAUUUUGGGGAAAUUCAAUCUGUGAUAUAUGAAUAUCAGAAACAUAAAGGAGAAUAUACUGAUAUAUCUGAAUUUAGAGAUCUAUUGCUGCAAUCUCAUAAGUGCUCAUAUGAAAUAUCCGUUCCAAAUUGUACGUUUCUUGUGUCGUUGUUUCUCUCGCAAAAUGUGUCAUCCUCCAGGACUAUGCACAGCAAACUAUCAGGCUCUAGUUAUAAAUCAUACAUGGAUAAGUUAUCAUUCACUAUUGAUUCAGAAAAGUCAGCCAGUCAAAAUUCAAUCCAUGUGGAGAAAUUAAGAUUUGUGUCAAAUAUUCCAGAACCAGAUCCAAGUCAUUGGUUGUUUGUAAAUGUGGCAGUGGGUAUUGUUUAUGUGGGAAGUUGCUCACUAAAAAAUGCUUUGUUUGGAGCACAUGAUUUGAAUAAGCUUUUGUCAUCACUUUAUGUUGGGGGUGAAGUUCAGACAAUAUCUUGUGGGAUUCAGGGUGGUACUUUGUUCCUUGAAACAACUGCUUUGGAAACAUUCAUUAGUUGUGUUACUGCAUAUCUUCGUUCUAUCGCAAAUAUAACAUCUAAUGUUCACCCAAUGUGUAAAGAGAUUGAAAAUAUCCAAUGCAAUGUGGAUAUCACCAGAAUGGAUGAUGACUAUGUUAACGAGCAAGUCCAAGGGACUCUUCAAACACCUUUAGAAACUGAAGGAAAACAAAUACAAGGGUUCACUGUGAAUUUUUCUAGAUUUUCGACUGUUGCUGUAGUUAAAGAUGAAAAAGGUGGUGUCCGAGAACUUGUUCUUAAAUUUGAUGUCCUUCUGAAAUUUGAAUUGACAAAUAUAGAAAGAAAAUUCAUGUUCGACCUUAAGACGUCAAUCCUUUCUCAAGUCCUUCGACAAAGCAGUGGAAAUGAAUUAGAUAUUCCUCAAUUUUAUUCUGAGACUUCCAAUAAUACAUUGACUCACUUUGAAUAUGGAGAUUGUGCUUCAGAACUUCAGCAACGGAAUGUGAUCCAUGAACUUAAUGAUCCAAGUUGCUCAAGGAAUUCUGAUUCACCAGAGCAACUUUCUGUCGAGAAUUGUGUACCCAAGGUCUCCAAUUUAAGUUCUCAGAAAUACAUCUUGAAACAAUUAGGUGCUUCCUUUUCUGUUCAGAAGCCUGUGAAUGGUCCUAUUUGCUCGCAUCAGUCUUGGGUCGGCCGUGGUUCUAUUUCAGGUUUUAAUAUCAUCAUCUCUCUGUCGGAAAUAGAGAUGAUUUUAAUUAUUGUGUCAUCCUUCUCUGGAGUAUUCAGCAAGACGACCACUAGUGACUUGAAUAAAAAGCAAAGGUCCAGUAACCAGGAGGAUGAACCCAAUAGUAUAAAAGCAAUGGUUCCUGAUGGAUCAAUUGUUGCUAUUCAAGAUGUCCACCAACAUAUGUACCUUGCAGUUGAUGGUGAACAUAAUAAGUAUAGCUUAGUUGGCACAGCUCAUUAUUCUUUAGUUGGAGAAAGGGCUCUUUUCAGGGUCAAGCACCAUCAUCAAAGGAAAUGGGGAUCAUCAGUUUUGUGGUUUGCCUUUCUAUCACUACAUGCAAAGAAUGAUUUAGGAGAACCAUUCCGAUUGAACUAUUGUCAGGGGUCAGGCUUUGUUGAUAUCUCCGGCACUGAUGAUAGUGGGGGUGCGCUUUGGGGAAUACUUCCUUGUAAGCCUCAAAAUUAUGACAGUGAUAUUGACUGGGAACCUUACAAUCAGCUGGUUAAAAGGACUUCUUACUUAGUAAACAAGAAGAAUGAUUGUGCCAUAGCUGUUGUUGAUGGUGUUCCGGAGUUCGUUAGGAAGCCUGGAAGUCCUUUUAAGUUUAAAGUCUUCCUGGAACCUUCUGUAGCUCAAGAUGUUGGAAAGAGCCAUCUUUUGGAGGAUUCAAGCACUAGUCUUCAAGAUAAUGCAUCUAUGUUCAAAGGGAGAACUUCUGGACAUAAUAUAAAGCUUCCUUGCAUUGAUAUAGAAGUGAUUAACAAAAUUUCUUUAACCAUAAUCCAUAAACUUUCUAAUACAAGUGGCGUGUUUCCUCUCCUACGUGCUUCCAUUGACACUACCAAGCUUAUUGUACAAGUUAUGUCUACCAAGACCAGGGUUAUAACCACACUAAUCCCAGCAAUAUAUCACUUUGACUCCCAAAGAAACUCAUGGAGAGAACUUCUCCAUCCAGUUGAAAUAUUUCUUUUCUACCGAUCUAGCUUCCACACUGAGGGUUCAGAAGUUAAUUUGGCUGGGGUACCUGUUCAUAUCCAUUGCAGAACAAAGGAGUUGAACAUAUCCCUUUCCGAACUUUCAUUGGAUGCACUCCUUUUUGUGGUUGGGAAGUUAAAUUUAGCUGGGCCUUAUUUGUUAAAAAACUCCAGGAUUCUGGCCAACUGUUGCAUGGUCAAGAACGAGUCAGGCAUAACCCUUCUUUGUCACUUCCUCAACAAGCGAAGUUUGAAAAUAGCCAGAAAUCAGUCUACUUCCAUAUUUUUAAGGAGGUACGAAGACUUGGAGAAUCCAUCCCAAGAGGUUGCAUCUAUGUCAUUUCAACUUGCUGCUCUGGGAUCUUUUAUGACUUCCUUAGUUCCAGUCUCUCUUUUGCAAACUCAAGAGUUCGCUUGGAGAACAAGUAUAAUGUCAUCUCAAGAUUCAAAAACAUAUCCUGGACCAUUUAUUGUAGUUGAUGUUUCAAAGGAAUCGGAGGAAGGCUUGUCAAUUACUGUUUCUCCUCUAAUAAGAAUACACAAUGGAACUAGAUUCUCCUUGGAACUACGAUUUCAACGACCUCAACAAAAUGUAGAUGAGUCUGCUUCACUUGUUCUGAAACCGGGAGAUACAAUGGAUGAUUCAAUGGCAAUGUUUGAUUCUGUACAUUUGUCUGGUGGAUUAAAGAAGGCAUUGAAUUCUUUAAGUCUUGGUAACUUCUUAUUUUCAUUUAGACCCAACAUAACAGAAGAGUUUAUGAGUUCCAAGGAUUCACUCUCAGUCGAAUGGUCACACGAUCUUAAAGGUGGAAAGGCAGUUUGUCUGUCUGGAGUAUUUGAUAAACUAAGCUACAAAGUUCGACAAGUAUUUACUGAAUCAGCAAAGUGUUCCUUCAGCAGUGCUCAGUGUAGCCUCAAAUCUGAAGGUUCCCAUAUUGCUGAUAUUCACUUUCUGAUACAGAGCUUUGGAAGAGACAUUCCUGUUCGACAAUCCAGUAACUCCAAAGAAGGGUAUAAAAAUAGUACUUCACCAGAAGCUAUACAAGAACAAAAGGAAAUUUUUCUUUUGCCGACUGUGAAUGUGUCAAAUUUAUUAGAGUCAGAGAUACAUGUACUUCUAACUGAAAUGGAUCCAUGUUCUUGCGUUGCGUGUGACAACACUGAGAAUCAGGCUAAACUAUCACCGGAUUCGUCGUUGGAUUUUUAUGUUAAUCCUUCCAUUAUCUACUUUACUGUUACAUUGACUGCAUUAAGUUCAAGCUGCAAACCAGUGAACAGUGGUGAUUGGGUUAAGAAGUUGCAGAAGCAGAAAAGCAAGGCACGCUAUCUAGACAUUGAUCUGGAUUUUGAUGGCGGAAAAUAUUUUGCUUCUUUGAGAAUGUCUCGUGGGCACAAAGGCAUAUUGGAGGCAACUGUUUUCACAUCAUAUACUCUGAAGAAUGAUACUGAUGUUUCCAUUUAUAUCUUUCCACCAAAUAGGAAGCCCCUGGCUAGGCAUGAUGUGGAGAAUUUAGGUUCUGACGUCUUUUCAGAGUUCGGAUUACUUCUGCAUCCAAAGUCAACCAGAUCUUGGUUCUUGAAAUCGAACAAGGUUUGCCUCAAACUAUUAGAAGAUAAUGCAUCUGAGGCACAGCUAGAUUUGGAUGCCUUGUCAGGCCUUACAGAGAUAAGCUUGGAAAUGGAGGAAAACAAUGAUGUAAAAUUUAUUACAAAGCUUGGGGUUUCUAUGGGCCCACUUCAAAGUAAAGCAGUUGUACCAUCUCAAUUAGUGACUAUGGUCCCAAGAUAUGUGGUAGUAAAUGAAUCUGAAGAAAGUAUCUGUGUUCGUCAAUGCUAUUUACAGUAUGACAGGGGUGACGACAUUCUCGUUAACAGUAAACAGAGAGCAACAUUACAGCUGUCGAAUGUGAUGGUCAAUAAAAGAGAACUCAGUUUCUUUGAGAGUUUAUUAAGAAAACAUAGAAAAGAUAAUGAUGAUGCACUACUCUAUAUCCAAUUUAAAUUGAAUCAGCCUGAUUCAGUUUGGUCCGGGCCAAUAUGCAUUGCUUCUUUAGGGCGGUUUUUUCUCAAAUUCAGGGAGCAACGAUCAGGCCAAAUGAAAUCACCAGGAGAAAGUAAAACAACAUUUGCUGCUGUUCAUGUUGUAGAAGAAGGUUCUACACUUGUUUUGCACUAUCAUAGUCCUCCAAAUGUCAAUCUUCCAUAUCGAAUCGAGAAUUACUUGCCCCGUGUAUCUAUAACGUACCAUCAAAAGGAUUUAUUGGACCCAGAGGUUCUUGUAUCUGGAAGUACUGUCAAUUAUGUAUGGGAUGACUUGACACUUCCACGUAAAUUGGUUGUCAAAAUCAAUGAUAGCUCUUUACCCCGGGAUAUUAACUUGGAUAAGGUGCGGGCAUGGAAGCCUUUCCACAAGCUCAGGCACAGGGUGCUGGCUCAUCAUUUUCUUACAGAAGAAAUAUCAGAAAAUAGCAUGCCAAAUUCUGGUGAACUUGACAGCAUCAACAUGGCAAAAGUAGGGUAUGAAGUAUAUACAGAUGGUCCUACCAGAGUUCUGCGCUUUUGUGAGUAUUCCAAUCGCCAGAAAGUAGAGAAAGGGUUCCAAGCAUGUGAAAAGAUUCAACUAAGGGUUCCUCAAUUUACAAUUCAUCUGCUUGAACAGGGAAAACAAGAUGGAAUCGAGGACUCAUCUCUUCAUACAAUUAUUUCUGCAAGAUUUGGAAAUUUUUGUCUGGACUCUGUGUUUACUAAUCAGCACAAAUAUAACCAGAUCAAUUUACAGUCAUUGAUUUUAGAGCAGAAGUGGGUUGGAGCUCCUUUUGCAGCAAUGCUUCGAAAACAUCAAGUUGACUAUACAGAUUCAAAUGACUGCAUACUCAGAAUUGUCCUUGUUCUGCUGUCAACCAAUACUGAUGUUAUACAAGUUCAAUACUCAUCUAUUGCUCUGCAGCCAGUUGAUUUGAAUCUAGAUGAGGAGACGUUGAUGAAAAUUGUGCCGUUUUGGAGAACAUCUCUAAGUGACUCAAAUACUAAGAGUCGACAAUUUUACUUUGAUCAUUUUGAGAUCCAUCCAAUAAAGAUCAUUGCAAACUUCCUUCCUGGGGACUCGUAUUCAAGUUAUAGCUCAUCCCAGGAGACACUGAGGUCGUUACUGCACAGUGUUAUAAAGGUGCCUCCAAUUAAAAAUAAGGUUGUUGAGCUGAACGGUGUCUUGGUUACGCAUGCAUUGAUAACAAUGCGCGAACUGUUUUUCAGAUGUGCACAACAUUAUUCAUGGUAUUCCAUGAGGGCUAUCUAUAUCGCAAAAGGAAGCCCGUUGCUGCCGCCAGAUUUUGUGUCCAUGUUUGAUGACUUGUCUUCCUCCUCCCUUGAUGUUUUCUUUGAUCCCUCCCGUGGGUUGAUGAACCUUCCACGUUUCACUUUAGGCACGUUCAAACUCCUCAGCAAAUGCAUUGGUGGUAAAGGAUCCUCAGGAACAAAACGAUACUUUGGCGAUCUUGAAAAAUCUUUGCGAACAGCAGGGUCUAAUGUGCUUUUUGCUGCUGUCACUGAAAUAUCAGACUCUGUUCUGAAGGGAGCUGAAGCAAACGGUUUUAAUGGCAUGGUGACUGGGUUUCAUCAAGGAAUAUUGAAAUUGGCUAUGGAACCAUCAUUACUGGGGAGUGCUUUGAUGGAAGGUGGCCCAGAUAGAAAAAUUAAACUAGACCGAAGUGCUGGGGUGGAUGAGUUAUACAUUGAAGGAUACCUUCAAGCUAUGUUGGAUACACUGUACAGACAAGAAUAUCUUAGAGUCAGAGUCAUUGAUAAUCAGGUUUUCCUAAAAAACCUACCCCCAAACAAUACCCUUAUAGAGGAGAUUGUGGAUCAUGUGAAGAGUUUCCUUGUGAGCAAGGCAUUGUUAAAGAGCGAUCCUUCCAAAAGUUCUCGCCCCUUGCGCCAUCUUCAAGGAGAAAGUGAGUGGAAACUUGGACCAACUCUGCUGACACUAUGUGAACACCUAUUUGUGAGUUUCGCAAUCCGGAAGCUUAGGAAGGAAGCUAACAAGUUCAUAUCGGGCGUCAAACAGAAGAUAGAUACAGAUAGUGAAAAUAUUAAAGCAAUCACUCUUGAGAACAGCCCUGAAGUACAAGAGAAGGUGAAGUUCGUAUGGAAAUGGGGAGUUGGCAAGUUUGUGUUGUCAGGUAUCGUAGCCUAUAUAGAUGGCCGCCUAUGUCGUCGUAUUCCUAAUCCUGUGGCACGGCGCAUUGUGAGUGGCUUUUUGUUAACUUUUCUUGAUCAAAAUACCGAUGAGUGAGUAGCAAAUUUUUUACUUUCUUUUUGUACAUGCACGUAAAUUUUCUUUUACUCCACAGCUACAGAUUACAAUGCAAAAAAAUAUAUAUAUGUGAAGAAAUAAGAAGAAAAACUAUGCUGUAUAGAUUAAGAUUGACUGGCCCACCAAUAAAGCUGUUUGUUUUUUUAUUUGCAGUUUUGCAAAAAUAAGUAAUAAAAGUCUAAUUUUUUGCUCAUUUUA